AUGGUCAACAAGGAGGCGGCCCACGCCGUGCUCGUGGAGCGGCGGGUGUUGAUUGCCGUCACUGCAUUUCUAUCCAUAGGACUAAUGUUAUGGAUAAUCGCAAUUUCUACCUCCUACUGGGGAAUUGUGGAUGGCGGAAAAGGUAUAUACGUAGCGACGACGAAGCGCUACUUUUUACAGUCGCACUCUGGAAUUUGGAAAAGCUGCCGCAUGUCUUAUGAGAAUAAGACCAAAGACCUUGUUUCUGACAUCUGCACAAACCACAAGCUCUUCCCGAAGAUGAAGCCUCUCCACCCGGUAUUCCUCGAUUACCAGAGGACGGUGGCGGCGUUCUCCAUCAUCAGCCUCUUGAUAAUGAUUAUGGGCUUUAUCUUCUCCAUCUACACCUUCCGCCACACCCGUUACAUGUACAAGCGUCUCACUGCCUGUAGUCACGUCAUUGCUGCUGGAUGUGUUCUCAUCGUGAUCGAAGUCGCAGUCUCUCUGUAUCACUACCAGGCUGAGAAGUUGCCAAACCGUCACCCAACAGGAGCUACUUGGCAAUAUGGAUUUUCUUUUAUGCUUGCUUGGAUCUCGUUCAUUGCUGAGGCAGCUGCAGCAAUUGCUUUUGGAGUGUGUUCACGCAAGAGGAAGAAGGAUAAGGCUCCAGAUGACCAAUAUGCAAUUGAAGAGGAACCCACCAUUAUUGGCCGAUAAAGUGAUAGUGUCAUGAAAUUGAGCAACAAAUUCAGAUAUUGAACGUUAAGAAUCCAAAUUUUUAACAAGCUGUGGAAACAUUAUGAAGGUCUCAGACAGUUUUUAGGAGAUUAACACAAAAAAUAAGAACCAAGGAUAAAAAUCCCUGUGAGGGGAAAGGCCUUUGCCGGAGUUCCAACUGAGAAUUGUUUUGCACUUUUGUUAUAAACUUUGAUCAGUAUUAAAAAAGAAAA